CUGCCAUAUGGGCUGAUCACGGAAGUGAACGGGCGGAGUCACUUGCGGCGUGACUGGGGAGAACGCCGGUGGGGGAAUCCUGGUGGGAGAACUUCAAGCGCCCACCUGUGCCUUCUACCGUCCUAAUCCUGCAUGAGGAAGACCUACAUCCGGCCAUCUCUGCUGCGACCCAGUAGCGGUUCCUCUUCCCGGUCACCGGAAGAAGCCCCGAGUCCACAGCACUUCCAGACCAGGAAUGAGCCUGGACGCGGCUGGUCAUGGCAGAAGGCCGAGAGUGCAAAGUCUCCAGUUACAUGCUGGGACAAGGCUAUGGUGUCAGAUGAAAGACUGAAAUGAUCCAGUUUAACAUUAAAUAGAGGCAUUAUUUGUGAUCCUGUUUCCGAACGUAAGGAUGCCAAUGGGGAGCCACAGAUACCCAGAGAUAUGAUCCUCCAGGUUACAUAGGAAUCUGCAUUUUUUCCUUCCUUAUUGGCUGCCUGGUAUCACAACUAGGAUAUGGCGAAACAAAAACUGUUCCUGGUGAUUCUACUGAUGUUCUUAACACAUGCAAGCCAAGGCAACCAAGAAGGGGAGCCAAGCAAUUUAGAAAAAAUCCUUUCAAUGUGGAAAUCAAAACUUAAGCAUCCUCUUCCCACUAUGCCUAAUUUCAAGGCAAAACUAAAUGCUGCUGACAUACACACUCUGCUGGAUCAAAUAGCAAUCAAUGUUGAAUCACUUUGGAUUACACCAAAAAGGAUGCCAUCACUCCUUGAUGUUCAGAGAAACAAAGCAAAUCAAAAUCGUCUCUCUGAAUUCCUGUACAAUAUUUCCACGUACCUGCAGGGCCAAGAAUCCCAUGAGCCUGAACCUGAGACCUGGGGCAACCUACUUCAUCAGUUUCUCCAGGUUCCUAAAGAGAGGGCUCCGACAAUCCCACUUCUGAAGAUGCAAGAUUUUCUUGUCGCUCUGAGAGGGAGCCAGAACUGGAGCGCUCUCCUAAGUUUUAUACAGGUCAUUUUUAACUCAAUCAGUAAAAGCCAGAAUGCUGCCCAGCUUUUGGGGCAGAACUGGGAGAUGCUCAGUGGAAUAUUGGAUACUCUGUUUCAAGCUUUCCUUAGUGGAACCUUAACACAGACUGGUGUAACACUGCAAGGAGUAUUUUGCUCUCUGAUGGGCCAUCAUAAUUGUGACUUCCGUCCUGAGCAUUUUCUAAAGCUCAUGUUACCCUUUGAGGCAAUUAACUGGAGGCCAGUCAUCAAUAUGCAGACAGGAAGUUCUGUGGCAUCACAUGGCAAAUACAGGCCCUUUAGCAUACUUUCAGAAUCCCUAAAAGACAAACAUGACAACUCCAGUAGACUUAGUUCUGGGCCAACACAGGCUGAAGUACAAAAUGUCCUUGAAAUUUUUUACCGUUCCAGGGAGAAGGAGACCAAAGCUGUUGACUCAGAUGGAGAUGUAGAUGAAGUUGUUUGGGAAGUACUAGAAGACCUGCGCCAAAGUUUCAUUAAAAAAAUGGAGAGGUCAGCAUAUGAUAACUUAAACAGGAAAGUCUCCCGCAUGGCAGGGACCCUGAUGAAUAGGGUGACUUCAGUACUUGGGGUACCUUACUCUGACCAAAAUGGAAAGUGCUCAGUAGGUAACCUGCAACAGCUGCUUCUGUGGGGAAUAAAGCAUAAUUUAACUUGGAACAUCCAAACUCUUGGUUUUACAUCAACAAAUUUCCCAUCAGCUCCUCCAAUCCUGACAUGUGGUAAGCCUGUUGGGAGAAUGGAAGUUACAGCACAUAAUAUCAGCAAGAGAUCACAGACUGAUAUUUGGGAGGAUCCACAGCCUUAUACAGAAGUCCUGGAAGCUGUAUGCAAUGACACUAUCCCUGGAUUGCCAGGUGUCUCUAACUUCACUGUGUUCCUGUAUUGUAAUGUGUACAACGCCACCGGGUACUCCAUACAGUCCACUUAUGACCUCCGGGCCGCCUGUUCUGAUGCUGCUUGGUACCUCUCUUCCAUGGAAGAAGAUUCCUUUUGGUUGUGGGUAUGUAGGGAAUAUUUUCCACUUGAAUUUAAUAUCACUGUCUGCAAAAACACAUCAUUUCCAAGGAACAGCCAAGACCCAGCAUUAAUGAGUGACCUAUGUACUAAUGUUUACAACAACUCUGAGAUGGUCCGGGAGCUGAGGAACAACAUACGGUGCUCAGAUAUCUGGCAGGGGCUGUCUAUGAACCCCAAAGCUUUGAAAACAUGUUUCUUUGAUAAUAAAACAUUUCUGAUGGACAAACUGUGCAGUAAUGUCUCCUUAUCUGACAUGCCAGAAGACAGUCGACCAUGGAUGUCUACAUUAUGCCAAAAGCAUAUGAUUAAAACUAACAUGCUCAAUACAACUGGUUCUUCUUGCAAUUAUAAGGCAUGGGAUAGAAACACCUUCAGUAAUGUGACAAUGGUGGAAAACUGCAAAGGGAUAAAUAUUCAGGAUUUUAAGGAUCUUGUGUGCAGAAAUGCUUCUCUGUAUUUCUCUCUGAAAUCUGUCCAUCCCUGGAUUGUGAACCACUGCUGGAAAAACAUUUCUUUAGAUGGCAAAUGUUUUCUUCAAAGACUGGCAGAUGUUCUACCACUUUCUUCAAGCUUUGAUUCUUCUCAACUGUGCAGAAAUCCUAUCUCAUACAUCAUAGGCCUGGUCUCCCAGCUUUCCCAGUGUGACAGUGAGUCAUAUGGCUGGGCUCUAAAUGUACAGUAUCUCCUUAAGGUGCUGGAUUUUCUGUUCUCUCUCUCAGAUUCGGAUCAGAUAGGUAAGGAAACAAGGGAUAGACUAGGAGAAGCCAUUCUCCUCUCUAGCCUGCUGGAUAAUAGCUCUUUCUGGGCUUCUUUCAAGAUGAAUUCCUCAUUGAGCAUCCUGGAGACUGUGGAAGCUUACCUAGAGAAAGAGAGUAAUGAAUCUGACAAGGAGGAUCUCCUCAGCUGUUUUAGUCCUGUACUGUGGGAGCUCAUCCAGAAGGAAGAAAAUGCAACUGCCUUUGAAAUUCUUCUCCAGGAAUACCUGCAGAUGCCUAGAGAAGGUUUUCAGAAGGUCCUGAUGUCUGCGGAAAAUGAUGCAGUGGAACGAUUUCUCUCACUGAUGCAUCGAUCAUGGCCAAAAAUUCAGGUGUCUCGGCCAGACGAAAGAGGAUUGGAGACUCUAACAUCAAUGGUCAUGCAGAAAUUUCCGCUCUUAACACCUCAGAUAUUUGUGGAUCUUUCCCAGUUCAUACAAUUUAUGUCCAUAUCUGACAUUGUCAGCUUCCCAAUCUCUUUAUUGGCCAAUCAGAGUGUAUUAGAUGCAAUCAGAAUCCACAGCCCAGACAUGAAGAUCACCCAGAAGCGCGCAUUUGCCAAACGUCUUCUGCAAGAUAACAUUUUGGGUGACAUCCCAUCGUGGCCACCACACCUCCUCCAAUCCAUCCAGCCGCUGCUGCCUCACCUGCCAAUCUGUCACUUCGUACAGCUCAGCUCUGAUCAGAUUAAGUUGCUGGCAGAUGGCUGGAAAGAUGUGAACCUGGGAAUGAUACAGGGCCGCUAUGUGGCACGAAGCCUUAUGAACAGAAGUCAAGAUGGAGACAGAGAACUGAGACUUGGCAAUCUCAUUUGUUACCUGACAUAUGGGGACCUGCAACAUCUUCUGCCCUUCCACUAUCCACUAGGACAGUUGGAGAAGAAGCUUCUUGAAUGUAUUUCACAGAGGACCAUAUCCCAUCGUGGACGACUGGCUUACUCAUUAGUGGAUCUAUUGAAAAGAGCCAAUUUGCAUACUCUGGCCAUUACUGAGCUCGUCAGUUGGAGAAGCCUUUUUCCUGAAAUGGGAGUCAUGUUCUUUCAGUCACUUCCAGACAGUUAUGUUACUAAUCUGCUCCCACAGCUACAUGCCUCUGAUCUCUCACCUGCCCAGGCCUUGUUACUGCUCACAUACACCACCACACAAUCAAAUGUUGCAGAGCGAGUGAUUUGUGGACUACACUCUCUAAUUCCUGUACUCAGCCCGGAGCACCUGCGUUCUCUCCCCACCUCUCUGCUAACCAGAGUUUGCCAAUGUCUGAGGCCUUCUCUGUCUCUGAUGACAUCUGCUCAGAAGGCGGGUUUAAUGCAGGCAUUACGGAAAUAUAUCCACGAUGUUGAACUAUGGCCCGAGCAGUUCUCAUGUCUUCUGCCCUUUGCGCCAUUGAAACUGUUGCACCUGGACACACAGAUACUGCUGAAGAACAUGAGUCUGUAUGGAGAACUGGCCUGGAUGCCUCAGCAGACCCAAUUCCUCUGGAGGAAGAUUCAGGCUGGUGCAAACCUGACCAAGAACACAAUCCUCACCCUAGGGACUCUGGCUAAUGGGAUCGAAUGUGACAACCUGCAGCAACUCAACACCCUUUCAGAAAUUAGAGAUGUGGUUAAGUAUCUUCAAGGGAUCCCUAGUGGUCUACGCAAAAGUCUUAGGAAGUGCAUCUUUGAGGAAAUUCAGAAGCGACUUGAGCUCUCUUGGGAAGACACAGGCUGGAUGGGACCUGAGUUUAUCACAGAUCUCCCAGUGAAGCUGAUUGACAGACUUUCCAAUGACUCAGUGAAGCUGUUCCUGGAACAUGCACAUAAACAUCCAAAAGGUUUCAUGGAGCUCCAGCCUUAUAAAAAAUCCAUCCUAGCUGAAAGAGCUCUUCACGUCUUGGAUAUCCCAAUAUAUGGAGAAAUAACCACACAACACCUGGAUCUCUUGGGACCUUUGGUUGGAUUUAUUGGAGAAGAAAGCAUUUCCAGAAUCAAUAGAAAGCAUCUGCUGCUCCACCUGGAUGAGCUGAAGACAUAUUGUUUGUCUGAGGAAUUCAGUGGACACCUCAGUCAGAUCUUGGUAGAAGACGACAUGCUUGGACAUCCCACUCAGUGGACACAAAGACACAUAGAACAAAUUGGGAGGAUGAUCUUUCAUCUGACUCCAGAAAACAUUAAUUCUGUGCCCAAGGAUGUGCUGACACCGGACAUUUUGGAAUGGCUGCUAGAGAGCCAGAGAGAAUGGGAAGCUAGUGACAUUGGGAAGAUCUGUACCAGACAAAGCUUACAUCUGCAGGGCAGGACAUGGAGGAACAAGAUGGUCUUGACAUCUACUUUAACCACGAGUGGUUUUAGAGGCAAUCGAGAGCCAAUCCCUAGCUGUGCGGACAUGAGAGUCACUUUCCCUUCAGCAUGGAGCUCGGCUCAGAUUGGCGGGAUGCUGCUGGGGGAGUUUGAAGGCUGCCUGGCAAUAAUCGCUGCAGAUCUGGAUCUAUCAGCUGACCAGGCCAAAGCCGCAGUAGCAAAAAUGAAACAGUUGUUUGGUCCAGUUAAGAGUAUGACUCUUGUGAAGAUCCUUCAGCUGGGAAACCUUGUAACUCACAUGACUGACAGAGACCUGCAUGAGAUGGAUAUAUCAGACUGGGGAGUCGUGUCUUUUCUGGGCAGGAUGGGCGGCUGGACUGCUAAACAGAUGAGGACGUUAGUGUCCAACAUUCUUCGUCAAAGCAGGAAAGGGGCAUCAGGUCUGGAUCUUAUGGAGCUUACAGCACUCGGUCACUUACUCUGUGGCCUAGGAGUAGAGGAACUGAAGAAGAUAAACAUUCAGGAAUUCAGCCAGGCAGCUGUGUUUGUGGGUACGCUAAAAUUGAAAUGCACCGAGGCUCAGAUGGAAGUCUUGACCAAUUUCUUAACAUCCAACUCAGCAUUUGGUGUGGUCAGCAGGUGGGGUCCGGAGAUCUUCACAGAGGUUGGUACACUUGCAGCUGGCCUUCCGGACAUUGUGCUGUCUUCUUUGAUAAGAGAUCAGAUUCAAGCAAUAACACCUGAUGCAAUAAGCCUUAUUUCUGCACCAAAGUUUGCUGUUGUCUUUAGUCCGGCUCAGCUUUCCAGCUUCACUAGCGAUCAGGCUACAGCAGUCACCCCUGAACAGUAUGAACAUCUCAGCUACCAGCAACGUCAGGCCAUCUCCACUGCUCAGUAUGAAGGGGACGUUCAUCAGGAUCCCCGUGGAGAAAAUAACAAUGCGAGGUCCCAGACUGCCGGGAUUCCUGCCCUCUAUGCACUGCCGCUGCUUCUGUUCCUAGUCUGACAGCCAGUAUCCCAGCCUAGCUGGUCGGCAUUUUAAGAAAUGUUUUUGUAAAACAUAGCUUAUAAAUCCUACAUGGAUUUUUUUUAUUGAUUUCUACUGGUGAUGUAUUAUGAAAAAACCCCUGGGAGUUAGUCAUUCCCAAAGUAUAUUUGUUUGGCAAAAGAAAGGGUUAUGUAAGUUUCUCUUGAAAAGGCCUGCGGCAGGUCAGAGGUACAGAUGACGGAAGAUGGGCAGCCAUAACGCAGAGGACAAAGAAGGAUGUCUGGAGGAUUCUCUUGCUCUGUAAUGAUGUAGAUACAUUUGUCAUCAUUAAAUGUCAUCUACCAAUGUUGGACCGGUAUACAAACGGGUCAUCACUAAAUCCAAUAACAUGGGCCCCCACUAUAGGGUUACAAAUAAUAUCAUUUAUAUGGUACAUAUUUUUAUACUAGAAUACACAAUCUACAGUAUGAAUGUAUCUAGAUAAUAAUAUAUUGGCAAGGUUAUAGAGCAGCCAAGCUGUUCAUACUGUAUAUCAGACAAGCUACAGCUGAUGUUGGACACUGAUCCCAGUUCCUGGGUAGCAGGAUUUCUGAGACCUGCUCCUUCCUAGGGAGCUGUCCGUACAUUGUGGUUCUCUGGUAGUGUGAUUGAUCCUUAUUAUCACCAUAAGAAGACCCUUCCAUCUGUUUGAAUGUAGGUCAAUGAGAAAGUGAUGGAUAAUACAGUAUCAGUGUGUGAAUGGGCUCUUAAAUAACACCCAACAGUGCAACGCAUUAUUAACAUCUUUAUCAAUAUGACAUAUUUGUCUGAACGACAGUAUAUAUAUAUAUAUAUAUAUAUAUAUAUAUAUAUAUAUACAUACCUUUAGUCCUCCAUAACUGCCCAGUACAGCAUCUACCUGAAUAAAUAUAUAUGCAACCAGGCUGAAUAAGCCCUGAGAUACUGAUUUCUUUGAGUCCAUAUAUGUUGGCGGCAAUGGCUACAGUAUAUGCUUAAUAGCGACGGCAUAGAGAUCAUGUUGACUUUUCUUUGAAUACAGUUAUAUUCUACCUGGGAACAAUUUUCUAAACCAUUUGCAUUUUUGUGUUUAACCCAGACCAUUUUUUCAACCUAGUAGGUGUGGAUUUGCUGUAUACAUUUUGUAAUGACAUGCUAUAGGAGUCUUAUGUUUAGUGAUUGCUGAUUGCAGAAUUUGUGUUACAGGUUGUCUGAAUGGACCUCCCCAGCACUUAGUUGUUUAUUACGUAUCUGUACGUUAGCUGGCAUCCACCCAUUUACCUCUAAUGGCAAAAGAUGUGUUUUAUGUUUACCUUUUCACAUGGAGAUUUACCUCCUGCUCAUGUGGAGACUCUCUCUGUGUAACCAUUAUCUAUACCAUGAGGCUGAUCCAGUAUAAAAUAGGCCCCACACAAAGAAUGACAAGCUAAGGGGAUUUAACUCUUUAGGAAACAUCUGUGAGCCCCUAUUAAUACUGUUUUGGAACAGAUUGCACAACUAUUUAGGUCAGAAUGGACCUUAUACACACAAUGAUGCUUUUGCCAAGUGUAUAGCGUCCUGUCCCAAGAGAUUAAUGCAGAUUUCAGACAUUAGGUCAGAUUCUUCUUAAUACAUAUGGGAAGUGCCUGUGAUACAUUAAAUGUAAAUGUAUUUUGUAGAGACAAUGCCCUUAUUGUGAAAGAACACAUAGUUUCUGAUGCUUAUGUCGAAGCCUUACUCAGUCAUGGGUCCAACCCUUGUUGAGAGUCACUGCAGUACUUCUGAUUUUAAAUCUGUGUGCUUCAGAUCCAUUUAUUUAUUAAAAUAAUUACCAUACCUUA